CAACUUUAUAAAUGAAAAAUGGCAACACAUGAAACUGAAACUGAUGAAACCUACAUAAAAACCAUGAAAAUGGCAAUAGCAAUGGCCUGUAUAAGAAGUAAACCAGAUGACUUGACUGCUAAAGAAUAUACUGAACAAUUAUGUCAGAACUAUUUACAGAAACAACAAGAAUGCCAGGAAAGACUGAAAUCGACAGAAAAUGAAAUCCUUCAGCUUCGACAGCAAUUAGUUCUACAGUCUGCACUUGGACAAAAUGCAUUUUUACCUUUAAGAAACACAGUUCAACCAGAAGAACCACAAUGCCUGACACCACCGUCAUCUGGGACGACUACAUGUACAGUACAAUCCACAGUGGACAAUAGCCAGUUAAUUCAAAACACUGCCUUUUUACAGAGCAUUUUAAACCUUCAAUCAAUCACCAGGACACCUCAGUUAACCUCUGUUACUUAUACAACACUCAAGAACAGCUUGACCAUGGUUAAAUACUGUAUUGAAAAUGAGUCCAAUAUUCCCCUAUCGUCAAUACAGAAAAAUGUGCAUGUGAUAAUGGGAGUGUUAGACUCUGAAAAGAUUGUAGACUUGGUACAAGUAGUUGACUGUAUUAUAGAUAUUGUGAUGUGUAUACUGAAUAUGCUGCUGUACAAAGAACAUGGAAGUAUGGACCAAGCAGAAUGUCUUGUGACACUUGUGAUCUUUCCCAAAUUUGCACUUAAUCAGGAAAUAAGCUAA